AUGUUCACACAAUUCGAUCAGGUGCAGACUCAAAUAGAAAUUGCGACUACAUCAGAAAUGCAGACCGAGAUUGACAUAAGAGAAGAGAUGGAAAAUGAUUUUAUUUCUCUUAUUGCCACGGCUCAGAAGAUUAUUGAUAAGAUGGCCGAGAGAUCUGAUUUCGCCAGCGUAAAGUCUGAAGUUCGAAGAACAUAUCCGUCUCCUGCACGCUCCUCCUCAGCUGCUUCUGGCUGCCAUUCGCGAGUCGAUAUGGGCCGUAUCGGGGCGCACACUUGCGCGUACCGUAUCGCAACAGUGCGUUACCUGUCGCCGGGCAGCUGGCAACACUUCUGCUCCUUUGAUGGGCGCUCUGCCCUCUCAGCGAGUAACGCUCAUUUAACAUAUGAAGAAUUGGCAAGUCUCUUCAGUUAUGUGGAAUCUAUCCUUAACAGUCGUCCUUUAUGUCCUUUAUCGUCCUCACCAAACGAUUUCCAACCCUUAACCCCAGGUCACUUCAUCAUCGGCCGCGCGCUCACUUCGUUGCCCUCGCCCCACCUCGCGGAUAUAAACCCAAACCGUUUAGAUAGGUUUCAGAGGCUUGAGGCAUUAAGACAGCAUUUCUGGCGACGCUGGCAAAUGGAAUAUGUCUGCGAGCUCCAGCAACGGACUAAAUGGCGUGUUCCAGGACGAGCUCUUCAACUGGGUGACCUGGUCCUAAUCAAGGAAGAGAAUACUCCCCCAAUGCACUGGCGGCUCGGACGAAUCGCCAAAUUGUUUCCUGGCGCUGACGGGAUUUCGCGAGUAGCCGAAGUUGCUACUGGAACGGGCACCUACAAACGAGGUGUGAAAUACCUCUGCCCUCUGCUGGACGAGACCCAUGAAGCCUUGAAGGCUGACGCCUCCAAGGGCCCCCAGGAUGUUGCGGCUCCUACCAAUGGAGGGGAAGUGGGGAACAUACACCGCUAAACCAGUUGGCCCAUCUACCGCUCCCCCCGCCGCAUAUAGACGCCGUGCGAGCCACUUGGCUCU